AUGGUUACUGAUACUUCUUCUACAAGGAAAUCUACUGAAGUCACAUCAGUGGAUCCCAAUACCACAGUCAUGGAUUCCAGUCACCCAUAUUAUCUUCAUUCCUCUGACUUUCCAGGGAUGAAUCUUGUGAAUUUCACCUUUGAUGGCAGAGGUUAUGGACGCUACCUAGACUUCAAACUUUGGAGCAGAUGCAACAACAUGAUUUUAUCUUGGCUCCUCAACUCCCUCUCCAAAGAGAUUGCAGACAGUGUUAUCUACUCAUGGAUAGCCAAAGAUCCGUGGACUGAUUUGGAAGAUCGCUUUGGGCAGUCCAACGGAGCAAAGUUGUAUCACCUAGGAAACAUUCUAAUGAUUUCACCUCUACCUAGUGUUAAUCAUGCUUAUUCAUUGUUAAUUCAAGAUGAAAAACAAAGGAAAAUCUAUGUUAACAAUCAAUUCCCUGGUGAUUCAUCUUCUUUUAUGGCUGCUAAUCAGUUUAGUGGUUCUCAAAAAUUUGGAAACUCUGAUUCUAGAGGUGGAAAAGGCAGGGGAGAUUACAAGAAAAAUAAUCAGAUUUGUUCCUACUAUAAGAAAUUUGGACAUACUGUGGAUAAGUGCUACAUGAUUAUAGGUUUUCCUGCUGAUUUUAAGUACAAUCAGUUCAUGGUUUUAACACUGAUUCUGGAAUGA